AUGUCGCUCUCACAGUCUAUCAAGAACUUGAUCCGUCAUGGUAAGCAGGGCCGGGCUUCUCAGCCUCCGCAGGACGAGGCAACGACCCAUGUCUCGCCUAUCAACAUCCAUAAACACCACCACGAGCACGCCCCGCCGCCGCAACACUACGCCCAUACCGAUCCGACCAUGAACAUGCAACAGCAGGGCGCCCAGGGCCACGAAGCCUACUCGACGGCCGACCUUGAUGGGCGGAAUCGUGGCGCGCAGGCUGGAAACGCGGCGGCUCAUGCAGCGGAGAAGAAGCAGACCAAGCAGAAGAAGGUCGACCACGAAGAGCUGGCACGUAUCGUCGCCGAGGAGAACGAGAGCAAGGGGAAGCUACCCCGCUACCCCGACCUGCAACGAUGGCAACUCAUUGAGAAGAUGGGCGACGGGGCUUUCAGCAACGUAUAUCGCGCGCGGGACCUCGAGGGAAACGCGGGCGAGGUGGCUAUCAAGGUUGUCCGCAAGUUUGAGAUGAACUCUGGUCAGGGCGAGGCUGCUCUCCAUCCGGAUUUCAAGAAACAGCCUAAGACUGUGGAGAGAGCGAAUAUCCUCAAAGAGGUCCAGAUCAUGCGCCAACUAGACCAUCCCAACAUCGUCAAGCUGAUCGACUUCUCCGAAUCAAAGCAGUACUACUACAUCGUGUUGGAGCUGGCACCAGGUGGAGAGCUCUUCCAUCAGAUUGUACGCCUCACAUACUUCAGUGAGGAUUUGGCCAGACAUGUCAUUACUCAGGUCGCAGAGGCUUUGGAGUAUUUGCAUGAGGAAUGUGGUGUCGUUCACAGAGAUAUCAAGCCUGAGAACUUGCUAUUCUCGCCUAUCCCCUUUAUGCCAUCCAAGAAUCCAAAACCAAAAGCGCCCGAGGAUGAAGAUAAGGUCGAUGAGGGCGAAUUUGUUAAGGGCGUUGGCUCUGGCGGCAUUGGAAAGAUCAAGAUUGCCGAUUUUGGACUCAGCAAGAUCGUGUGGGACAACCAAACCAUGACGCCAUGUGGAACAGUUGGCUACACGGCACCCGAAAUCGUCAAGGAUGAACGCUACUCCAAGAGCGUAGACAUGUGGGCCAUGGGAUGCGUGCUUUACACAUUGCUCUGUGGAUUCCCUCCGUUCUACGAUGAGAGCAUUCAAGUGCUUACCGAAAAGGUCGCUCGAGGCCAAUACACAUUCCUGUCGCCUUGGUGGGAUGAUAUCUCCAAGCCCGCCCAAGAUCUCGUUUCUCACCUCUUAACCGUCGACCCAGCGAAACGUUACACAAUUACCGAAUUUCUCGCCCAUCCAUGGAUCAAGCAAAACCAAGACCCAACAUUUGCCGCCUUCGAUGCACCACCUCUUGCCACUCCUGCUGUCGAACGUCAAAAGCAACUCGGUAUCAACCCAGCUCUCCUCGAGUCCCCAGGUGCUGGCAAGCGUAUGGAUUUCCGUAGUCCUGGCCAAGUCAAUCUUCGCGAAGUCUUUGAUGUCAGUUACGCUGUCCACAGACAAGAGGAGGAAGGCAAGCGCCGCAAGAACUUCAAGCCCGGAUACCGCAAUACCGUCGCCAUGAACGGCCUCAACCCUAUCGACGAUGACGAGUUUGAUGAGGAAGAGGAGGAUGAGGAGAACGCCAAUAAUGGCAUUCCCUCUAAGGUCCCCAAGGCCAGAGACACGGAUGUGCAUCAGGUCGAGCAAAGCCUGCGAAACACAAACUUAAAUGCCGCGGCUGCGGCUAGAGUCCCACCUGCGCAGAAGGGCUAUGGACAGCAUAGUGCGGCGGUCACUGCCGCGGCGAAGCAACAGGUUAGGCAGCGAAAGGGUAACUUUGAGCUAAGUCUGGACAACUCGACGCUGCUGGGCCGGAGAGCCAAGAAGGGGCCAAGUAAUCUACGGGAGUCGCAAUUGGCAGAGUGA